AUGCCUUUGGCGCUAACAUCCUCUGGGAUAAAAGCGCUCGUUGUCAGCGACAGGCGUCAGCUCCGUCUGAGCAAGAAUCUCACGUGCUGCUCCUGUGGACUCGGCUCCUGUGGACUCGGCUCCUGUGGACUCGGCUCCUGUGGACUCGGCUCCUGUGGACUCGGCUCCUGUGGACUCGGCUUCUGUGGACUCGGCUCCUGUGGACUCGGCUCCUGUGGACUCGGCUCCUGUGGACUCGGCUCCUGUGGACUCGGCUCCUGUGGACUCGGCUCCUGUGGACUCGGCUCCUGUGGACUCGGCUCCUGUGGACUCGGCUCCUGUGGACUCGGCUCCUGUGGACUCGGCUCCUGUGGACUCGGCUCCUGUGGACUCGGCCCUGUGGACUCGGCCCCUGUGGACUCGGCCCCUGUGGACUCGGCCCCUGUGGACUCGGCCCCUGUGGACUCGGCCCCUGUGGACUCGGCCCCUGUGGACUCGGCCCCUGUGGACUCGGCCCCUGUGGACUCGGCUCCUGUGGACUCGGCUCCUGUGGACUCGGCUCCUGUGGACUCGGCUCCUGUGGACUCGGCUCCUGUGGACUCGGCUCCUGUGGACUCGGCUCCUGUGGACUCGGCUCCUGUGGACUCGGCUCCUGUGGACUCGGCUCCUGUGGACUCGGCUCCUGUGGACUCGGCUCCUGUGGACUCGGCUCCUGUGGACUCGGCUCCUGUGGACUCGGCUCCUGUGGACUCAGCAGAGAGGCUGGUGCUCUGUGUACUGGGGCGUGGUCUCAGUGACGGACUGUGGCACUCGGUUCUCCUGGACGCACAGAACCUUCACGUCUCUCUGUCCGUGGACAAGGAGCCCUCGUCCACUCUGGAACUAUGGGAAAAACUGGACCUCAAAGGACAGUUCUUUUUUGGAGGCUGCCCCACUCUGGAGUGUCAGCGCACCAGCGCAGCCUUCCAGGGCUGCAUGCAGCUCCUCUUCAUCAACAGCCAGACAGUGGACCUCAGUCACGUACAGCAAGGGCUGCUGGGAAAUUAUAAUGAGCUUCAGUUUCAUACAUGCAAUAUAAGAGACAGGUGCCUCCCAAACCUGUGCGAACACGAGGGCCAAUGCUCUCAGACCUGGAGCUCCUUCUACUGUGACUGCUCUGGGACUGGAUACUCCGGCGCCACCUGCCACAACUCCAUCUACGAAGCAUCAUGUGAGGCCUACAAACUGACUGGGAGCUCGUCCGGGUUCUACUCCAUAGAUCCUGAUGGGAGUGGGCCCCUGGUGGCCGCACAGGUGUACUGCAACAUGACAGAGGAGAGGGUGUGUGCUCACUUCCUGUUGUGGUGUUUGUGUGUCCAGAGGAGAGGGUGUGUUCUCACUUCCUGUUGUGGUGUUUGUGUGUCCAGAGGAGAGGGUGUGUUCUCACUUCCUGUUGUGGUGUUUGUGUGUCCAGAGGAGAGGGUGUGUUCUCACUUCCUGUUGUGGUGUUUGUGUGUCCAGAGGAGAGGGUGUGUGCUCACUUCCUGUUGUGGUGUUUGUGUGUCCAGAGGAGAGGGUGUGUUCUCACUUCCUGUUGUGGUGUUUGUGUGUCCAGAGGAGAGGGUGUGUGCUCACUUCCUGUUGUGGUGUUUGUGUGUCCAGAGGAGAGGGUGUGUGCUCACUUCCUGUUGUGGUGUUUGUGUGUCCAGAGGAGAGGGUGUGUUCUCACUUCCUGUUGUGGUGUUUGUGUGUCCAGAGGAGAGGGUGUGUUCUCACUUCCUGUUGUGGUGUUUGUGUGUCCAGAGGAGAGGGUGUGUGCUCACUUCCUGUUGUGGUGUUUGUGUGUCCAGAGGAGAGGGUGUGUUCUCACUUCCUGUUGUGGUGUUUGUGUGUCCAGAGGAGAGGGUGUGUGCUCACUUCCUGUUGUGGUGUUUGUGUGUCCAGAGGAGAGGGUGUGUUCUCACUUCCUGUUGUGGUGUUUGUGUGUCCAGAGGAGAGGGUGUGUUCUCACUUCCUGUUGUGGUGUUUGUGUGUCCAGAGGAGAGGGUGUGUGCUCACUUCCUGUUGUGGUGUUUGUGUGUCCAGAGGAGAGGGUGUGUGCUCACUUCCUGUUGUGGUGUUUGUGUGUCCAGAGGAGAGGGUGUGUGCUCACUUCCUGUUGUGGUGUUUGUGUGUCCAGAGGAGAGGGUGUGUGCUCACUUCCUGUUGUGGUGUUUGUGUGUCCAGAGGAGAGGGUGUGUGCUCACUUCCUGUUGUGGUGUUUGUGUGUCCAGAGGAGAGGGUGUGUGCUCACUUCCUGUUGUGGUGUUUGUGUGUCCAGAGGAGAGGGUGUGUUCUCACUUCCUGUUGUGGUGUUUGUGUGUCCAGAGGAGAGGGUGUGUUCUCACUUCCUGUUGUGAUGUUUGUGUGUCCAGAGGAGAGGGUGUGUUCUCACUUCCUGUUGUGGUGUUUGUGUGUCCAGAGGAGAGGGUGUGUGCUCACUUCCUGUUGUGGUGUUUGUGUGUCCAGAGGAGAGGGUGUGUGCUCACUUCCUGUUGUGGUGUUUGUGUGUCCAGAGGAGAGGGUGUGUACUCACUUCCUGUUGUGGUGUUUGUGGUUGUGUGUCCAGAGGAGAGGGUGUGUACUCACUUCCUGUUGUGGUGUUUGUGUGUCCAGAGGAGAGGGUGUGUGCUCACUUCCUGUUGUGGUGUUUGUGUGUCCAGAGGAGAGGGUGUGUGCUCACUUCCUGUUGUGGUGUUUGUGUGUCCAGAGGAGAGGGUGUGUACUCACUUCCUGUUGUGGUGUUUGUGGUUGUGUGUCCAGAGGAGAGGGUGUGUACUCACUUCCUGUUGUGGUGUUUGUGUGUCCAGAGGAGAGGGUGUGUGCUCACUUCCUGUUGUGGUGUUUGUGUGUCCAGAGGAGAGGGUGUGUUCUCACUUCCUGUUGUGGUGUUUGUGUGUCCAGAGGAGAGGGUGUGUGCUCACUUCCUGUUGUGGUGUUUGUGUGUCCAGAGGAGAGGGUGUGUACUCACUUCCUGUUGUGGUGUUUGUGGUUGUGUGUCCAGAGGAGAGGGUGUGUACUCACUUCCUGUUGUGGUGUUUGUGUGUCCAGAGGAGAGGGUGUGUGCUCACUUCCUGUUGUGGUGUUUGUGUGUCCAGAGGAGAGGGUGUGUGCUCACUUCCUGUUGUGGUGUUUGUGUGUCCAGAGGAGAGGGUGUGUACUCACUUCCUGUUGUGGUGUUUGUGGUUGUGUGUCCAGAGGAGAGGGUGUGUACUCACUUCCUGUUGUGGUGUUUGUGUGUCCAGAGGAGAGGGUGUGUGCUCACUUCCUGUUGUGGUGUUUGUGUGUCCAGAGGAGAGGGUGUGUUCUCACUUCCUGUUGUGGUGUUUGUGUGUCCAGAGGAGAGGGUGUGUGCUCACUUCCUGUUGUGGUGUUUGUGUGUCCAGAGGAGAGGGUGUGUACUCACUUCCUGUUGUGGUGUUUGUGUGUCCAGAGGAGAGGGUGUGUGCUCACUUCCUGUUGUGGUGUUUGUGUGUCCAGAGGAGAGGGUGUGUACUCACUUCCUGUUGUGGUGUUUGUGUGUCCAGAGGAGAGGGUGUGUGCUCACUUCCUGUUGUGGUGUUUGUGUGUCCAGAGGAGAGGGGUGUGUGCUCACUUCCUGUUGUGGUGUUUGUGUGUCCAGAGGAGAGGGUGUGUGCUCACUUCCUGUUGUGGUGUUUGUGUGUCCAGAGGAGAGGGUGUGUGCUCACUUCCUGUUGUGGUGUUUGUGUGUCCAGAGGAGAGGGUGUGUUCUCACUUCCUGUUGUGGUGUUUGUGUGUCCAGAGGAGAGGGUGUGUGCUCACUUCCUGUUGUGGUGUUUGUGUGUCCAGAGGAGAGGGUGUGUUCUCACUUCCUGUUGUGGUGUUUGUGUGUCCAGAGGAGAGGGUGUGUUCUCACUUCCUGUUGUGGUGUUUGUGUGUCCAGAGGAGAGGGUGUGUGCUCACUUCCUGUUGUGGUGUUUGUGUGUCCAGAGGGGAGGGUGUGUGCUCACUUCCUGUUGUGGUGUUUGUGUGUCCAGAGGAGAGGGUGUGUUCUCACUUCCUGUUGUGGUGUUUGUGUGUCCAGAGGAGAGGGUGUGUUCUCACUUCCUGUUGUGGUGUUUGUGUGUCCAGAGGAGAGGGUGUGUGCUCACUUCCUGUUGUGGUGUUUGUGUGUCCAGAGGGGAGGGUGUGUGCUCACUUCCUGUUGUGGUGUUUGUGUGUCCAGAGGAGAGGGUGUGUGCUCACUUCCUGUUGUGGUGUUUGUGUGUCCAGAGGAGAGGGUGUGUUCUCACUUCCUGUUGUGGUGUUUGUGUGUCCAGAGGAGAGGGUGUGUACUCACUUCCUGUUGUGGUAGGAGAGGGUGUGUGCUCACUUCCUGUUGUGGUGUUUGUGUGUCCAGAGGAGAGGGUGUGGACGGUGGUCGCACACAACAGCACUGCUCCUGUCACAGUCGUGGGGUCCUCCGUCUUCAAACCUCAUGUUGUGAAACUCAACUACGGCUCCUCCUCUUCACAACUGCAGGCCGUGGUCCAGGCCUCGGAGCACUGCCAACAGGAAGUGGUCUACAGCUGCAGGAAGUCCCGCCUCUUCAACUCUAAAGACACCAGUCUCUGUGGUCACCAGUCUCUAUGGUCAGACACCAGUCUCUGUGGUCAGUCACCAGUCUCUGUGGUCAGACACCAGUCUCUGUGGUCACCAGUCUCUAUGGUCAGUCACCAGUCUCUGUGGUCAGUCACCAGUCUCUGUGGUCAGUCACCAGUCUCUGUGGUCAGUCACCAGUCUCUGUGGUCAGACACCAGUCUCUGUGGUCACCAGUCUCUGUGGUCAGACACCAGUCUCUGUGGUCAGACACCAGUCUCUGUGGUCAGACACCAGUCUCUGUGGUCAGACACCAGUCUCUGUGGUCAGACACCAGUCUCUGUGGUCAGUCACCAGUCUCUGUGGUCAGACACCAGUCUCUGUGGUCAGACACCAGUCUCUGUGGUCAGUCACCAGUCUCUGUGGUCAGACACCAGUCUCUGUGGUCAGACACCAGUCUCUGUGGUCAGACACCAGUCUCUGUGGUCAGUCACCAGUCUCUAUGGUCAGUCACCAGUCUCUGUGGUCAGACACCAGUCUCUGUGGUCAGUCACCAGUCUCUGUGGUCAGACACCAGUCUCUGUGGUCAGUCACCAGUCUCUGUGGUCAGUCACCAGUCUCUGUGGUCAGUCACCAGUCUCUGUGGUCAGACACCAGUCUCUGUGGUCACCAGUCUCUGUGGUCAGUCACCAGUCUCUGUGGUCAGACACCAGUCUCUGUAGUCAGUCACCAGUCUCUGUGGUCACCAGUCUCUGUGGUCAGUCACCAGUCUCUGUGGUCAGUCACCAGUCUCUGUGGUCAGACACCAGUCUCUGUGGUCAGUCACCAGUCUCUGUGGUCAGACACCAGUCUCUGUGGUCAGACACCAGUCUCUGUGGUCAGUCACCAGUCUCUGUGGUCAGACACCAGUCUCUGUGGUCAGUCACCAGUCUCUGUGGUCAGACACCAGUCUCUGUGGUCAGACUGCAGUCUCUAUGGUCAGUCACCAGUCUCUGUGGUCAGACACCAGUCUCUGUGGUCACCAGUCUCUGUGGUCAGUCACCAGUCUCUAUGGUCAGUCACCAGUCUCUGUGGUCAGACACCAGUCUCUGUGGUCAGUCACCAGUCUCUGUGGUCAGACACCAGUCUCUGUGGUCAGUCACCAGUCUCUGUGGUCAGACACCAGUCUCUGUGGUCAGACACCAGUCUCUGUGGUCAGUCACCAGUCUCUAUGGUCAGUCACCAGUCUCUGUGGUCAGACACCAGUCUCUAUGGUCAGUCACCAGUCUCUGUGGUCAGACACCAGUCUCUGUGGUCAGUCACCAGUCUCUGUGA